AUGGUCUUGCCAAUCGACAAUCCCACAAAGUCCUACUGGAUCGAGGCCGCCGAGUCGCCUUUGCGCGACUAUCGCUCUAGCGAACAGCUGCCGGAACAAACUGAUAUUGUCGUCAUUGGCAGUGGCUACGCCGGUGCAUCGACUGCGUAUUGGAUUCACAAGUUCACGGAAAAAGCCUCCAGACAACCUGAAGUGACUGUCCUGGAAGCGCGUGAUAUAUGCGGAUCUGCUACGGGACGCAAUGGAGGACAAUUGAGGCCACACGCUUACUCUCGCUAUCCAAUCUGGCGCGAACGAUUCGGGCCUAAUGGAGCAAUGGAACUAAUCAAACACGAGAUGGCUCAUCUCUCGGCCUUCAAGGAGCUAGCAGAGGAAGAGGGCAUAACUGAAGAAGCGUGUCUUUUGUUUGGUGAGACUUUUGAUGCAGCUAUGACUGAUGAAGCUUGGGUGCGACUCAAAGGCGCUUUACAAGCUAUGCAAGACGAUCACGGCGUCGAUGAUGACAUUGUCAGAGUCUGCAAAAUUAUCGAAGAUGCUACACAAGCAGAAGACUACACGCAGAUGAAGGGGGCCCGGGCGGCAGUAGUGCAUCCUGCUGGUCAAAUAUGGCCGUACAAGUUUGUACAUGCCCUCAUUCGCAUACUCCUCAAGUCGGGUAACCUGAGUCUCCAUGCAAACACACCAGUCGUUGGUGUAAAGGAGCGCGAUGCUCACGGUUGGAUCCAAGUCCAGACAGAAAGAGGGACUAUUCGCGCAAAGACAGUUGUCCACACAACGAACAGAUGGGCAUCUCACCUCCUGCCGGAGUUUGAAAAGCUCAUUUUGCCUGUUCGAGGGACAGUAAAUGCUAUCAAAGCACCUCCGGGUUUUCUCAAGCACACUGGAGCGCAGCAUUGGGAUAACACAGUCAAUAACUACCAUCUUCAACUACCUGCGCCCUUCAACACUAUCAUGUUCGGAGGCGCAAGGCCGAUUGUUAUUCACACCCCGGACGCCGUGAUGAUGAAUGACGAAGAGGACAAGCAAUUCGUUGGUGUUCCAGACUUCUGCAGGUCGUGGCCAGCAUCAGACAUCAAAGACUGGCCAGGGCCAAAGAUGGCAGAGCUAGGCAAACCGGAGAACAAGGGAGGGUGCUGGACGGGAGUUCAAACAGCAAGUGCAGAUGACUUCCCAUUUGUUGGGCCGAUCCCAGGCCGCAAGAGCCAGUUCAUCAAUGCUGGAUUUGCUGGACACGGCAUGCCACGAAUUCUGCUCUCAUCUGCACACAUCGUACCUCUUGUACUGGAUAGUGUUGGCUUCCAACACAGUCCACCGCACCUAGCUACAUCCUACCCUGAGUUACCUCAACCGUUCCAUGCUACUGCCGAGCGCAUUGAGAGGCUUCAAAACACGGAUACAACGGCACUCGUUCAGAGCUUCAAGCAGCGAUGUGAAUUGAGCGCGAAGAAGCCAUUUUGCGAUGCAGGUAGGAUUUAUGCGCCCUUGUAUUCAAAUGAUAGAAUGUAAAGUAUGUUCUUCUCA